AUGCUUAACUUUGUAAAACACCUACGCUUAUUUUCGAAGCCCAAAUUCCGCUUAAGCAUUUGCAACCGACUACAAAGCUCGCUUGCCCCUUCGACCGUUUCAAAGAAGAGCAAAGAACUGCCCGAUGGGAUCGUCCUCGAAUUUCUCAACCCAAGUACCCACGAUCUUGAAAAAGUUCGCAAACUGCUCAUCGAUGCGUUUGUCUUGAAUCAAGAGCCAGUAAUGCAUGCAUUAUGCGAGCGAGCUUAUUCCGGUGAACCGAUGGAAAAAAAACUGCCUAAAAUUGAACGACAUUUUGAAAAAUUUUUCUCUGACGAGUUUUUAAACGAGAAAAUCGAACUGGGAAUGAGUGUUGUUGCGAUUGACAAGAACGUCUCUGACCGCUAUAUAGGUUGCACAUUUGUGGAGCGAUAUUGCGGCGAGAUAUACAACACAGAAGUGCCAUCGCUUCGCGAUCCGUUUUGGGAACACGGUUUGCGAUUCAUGAGCGAUCUCCAGAGGCGAGCUUGCCCGUUUCUAUCGCAGUACGAUCCUGAGAAGAUUACGUUUAUGUCUCAUAGUGCAACAUGUCCAGAGUACGUUAAUUCUGGUAUCCAGCUUGCAAUAAUGGAUCUACUAUUGUCGCGCGUUGCUGAACAUGGCUUCGAGAUUGGGUAUUGUGUGGUGACGGCAAAAUCUAUUGUUAAAGUUGUUGAGAACCAUUAUGGCUUCUUCCCCAUAGCUGAAAUGAUGUAUGCUGAUUAUGAGAUUAAUGGCGAAAAAAUAUUCGCUCAUCUUGCCGAAAAACAUAUCGCAGCCAAGGCAAUGAUCAAGUUUUUGUAA